AUGAAAGGCCCCCAUUAUUGUGCGGACGAAGAGAAAUUGAUAGGCAAAAAAGCAUGGCAUUUCUGAAUGAUCUCCUUCUUCAAUUCACAUCAUGAGAUGCCUAGAUACUCCAUUAUCUCUUGGCGCACCACCUCUCCAUUUGGGUCCUUCAUUCUCCUGGAAUUGGAGGACCCGAAUUGAUCAAUUCAAGCUCACCUCGAUCGAUCGAUCAAUCGAUCAAUCUUCCCCCGCGCGCCACUUCCUUUCUUCCAUCCAUCUCUCUCAUCUCAUCCCUCUCAGCUCUCAUUUUCAAUUCAAUCUUCUCCUUCUCCUUCCUUUGGCCAGGAGAUCAGCAUCUCCUAUCCAAUUUGAUUAUUUCGGCUGCGUUUCAAAUUUGUAAAAACUAUGUGACUACUUUCAUGCGUACGUCCGGGAGUCCAGGCUUCUGUUGACCUUGCGUGCGACGAGCCGACGAUGAAUUGAGCCGCUUCAUGUGUGCAAUAUAACGCAUGCAUGCGCGCCAGCUUCUACUUUUUACUCCAUCGGAGAUCGGAUCUGAUCUAAUCUGAUCUGUGCUUUUUAUUAGGGUUUGUGGUUUGAUGUCAAACGUCGGAUUGAAGCUGUGGAAUCCGGUGGUGGUACGGUGGAUCCACGAAUUUCAGAGAAACCAAUAUUCACCGCGCAGAUUUUGAUUGGAUUGGAUCGGAUCGGAUCGAACCGCACCGGAGGAAAUUAAAUCUAGGGAUUGAGGAAUAAUGAGUUGCCCAUGUUUUCAGAAGAAGGCAGAGGAUGAAGACAACAACCUCAGCAAGGAGCAGAUAGAUCAGCUUCCGGUAGCUCAACCUGUAAACGUACCUGAACCCUCUACACCGCCGCCUGCCGCCGCUUGUAGCACGUCAACAGCAGCUGGCGACAACCAGACCGCCUCAGCCGAAGAUAAUGCAGCAGCAGAAAAUGGAAACUCUAACGCCAAAACCUUCAAUUUCCGCGAGCUUGCCUCUGCAGUAAAGAACUUCCGGCAAGAAUGCCUAAUUAGCGAAGGUGGAUAUGGAAAAGUGUUCAAGGGAACUCUUCAAGAUGGUCAGAUGGUGGCUGUGAAACAACUAGACAGGAAUGGAACACAAGCGAGCAAGGAGUUCUCCGUAGAGGUUCUAGUGCUGACUCUACUUCGCCACCCUAACAUAGUGGAUCUUAUCGGGUACUGUGCUGAUGGAGAACAAAGGCUUUUGGUGUACGAAUACAUGGCAAUGGGCAGUCUUGAAGACCAUCUUCUUGACCUUCCAGAGGACAAAAAACCCUUGGAUUGGAUCACCAGAAUGAAAAUAGCUUCAGGCGCAGCCCAAGGCCUGGAAUACCUGCACGAGAAGGCCAAUCCCCCCAUCAUCUACCGAGACCUCAAAUCCUCCAACAUUUUACUGGAUGAAGAUUACAAUCCUAAGUUGUUUGAUUAUGGUCUUGCUAAGCUCACCAGUGGAGGAGGAGGAAGUAACAUGCAAAUGUUGACGCCCAGAGUUAUGGGAAGCGGCUAUUAUGCACCCGAGUAUGAAAGGACGGGUGAACUCACUCUCAAGUCAGAUGUUUAUAGCUUCGGAGUCAUCCUACUCGAGCUCAUAACAGGUCGCCGUUCCAUGGACACUUCAAGACCGCCAGCCCAACAAAAUUUAGUUACUUGGGCACAACCCAUAUUCAGGGAUCCAAAGAGGUUCCCGGAAAUGGCAGAUCCACGCCUGAAGGAUGACUUUCCGGUGAGGAGCUUGAACCAAGCAGUUGGGGUUGCCGCAAUGUGCCUCCAAGAUGAACCAUCGGUUCGACCACUGAUCGGCGAUGUUCUAGCCGCCCUCAGUUUCCUUCAAGUAGCUCCUAAGGAAGAUCCAGUUCCGGCCAGUAUUCCACACGCUCCGUCGGGCCAUGCAAACCAAAACGAGCCGGACGACGACGAAGAAGAAGAAGAAGAAGACGAUGACUACGAAGGAUCCGGUUCGGAAGACGGCAGCAGUUCGGAUUCCGACGGCGAAAAGUAGAACAAUUUAAUUAGAUCAAAUUAAUAUAUAGGAUUCACGAUGGAGAAUAUUUGGAGAACAUACACUGAUAAAUCUUGGUUUGGUAAUGAAAGCAUUCAUUUUUUUCUUUUUUUC